UGUGUGUUAGAAAAUGUUAGACAAACAGCAGCAAUGCAUAAUUCUGUAUAAAGGACUCGCACUGAGGCGGGAGAGAGAACCCAUCCAUCAGCCAGCAAGUAACGAUGAUCAUGAAGUCAUCAGUGCCUGUCGUGGCCCUGAUCGCACUAGUGGUGUCCAGGGUGCAGACAUUUGUUUCAGUUGGGGGUAGCAGAAACACCCAUGUGAACAUUACUGGCAAUGCUGUGAUGGAGAAGAUCCGUGAGGUGUGUGAAGCAGUGGCUGAAUCAGAAGGAAGAGAUUUCAAACCAACGGGCUCAUCAGCAGAGGAGCUGCUGCGUGCGUGUCUGGGCACAGCCACAGGUGAGGUUUCAGGUGCCAAGUUCCGUACGGCACUAAAUCAGAUCUACAUGCAGAAUGGCUUUGUGGACCGGGACUUCAUGAGCAGCGCACCACACCACUUCAAUAAUGAGGCCUUUAAUGAGGGACGCAACCUUAUCAUUCAGGGGACUGCGGCUAUUAAAGCGAACGUCCGCACAGACAACCUUCAAUCUGCCCGAGAAACACUAGGGCGAGUGUGUCACACACUGCAGGACUUUUACAGCCACAGUAACUGGGUUGAAUUGGGUAACAAAAGUCCAUAUGCCAACCUCAUCAGACCGGAUCUCAACAUUGAGAAGAUUGCAGACAUUACAAUGCCAACAUGCAGUGACUGUGCCAGUGGUACCUGUCCAAACCAGCUGCUUCCUGCCAUUCUCAAUGGGAAGUACCUCACUUCAGGAUAUAUGGGCUUGUUCUCCAGUGACAAACCUCAAGGAAAAUGUAGCCAUGGUGGGGAGACUGACCUCAGCAGUUCCCAGAAUCCUCGAGGUGGGAUCAGUAAAGAUGAGCCCCGUUCCCAUAAUACUGAUCAACACAAUAAUGCUGUAAACUUGGCAGCUGAAGCCACCCUGGAGCUGCUAGAGGACAUCCGUGGAGCUAUAGGAAACAAGGACUACCUUCGGCUGAUGGGUAUCGCAAGAUCUGCAGUCCUAGUUUUUGUGAUUGACACCACAGGCAGUAUGACUGACGACAUUGCAGAAGCCAAAAGAGUCGCCUUCAACAUCAUUGACAGUAAGAAAGGAACUCAAGAUGAACCAUCUGAAUAUAUUCUGGUGCCAUUUAAUGAUCCAGAAUUUGGACCACUAAUAAGAACCACAGACUCAGAUGUGAUGAAGUCAGAGAUCUCCAAGAUCAAAGCUGAUGGAGGAGGGGAUACCCCAGAAAUGUGCCUGUCGGGACUUCAGUUGGCCCUGACAGGAGCUCCUUCUUCCUCCUUUAUAUAUGUGUUCACGGAUGCUCCACCUAAGGAUACACACCUGGAGAAAACCAUCAACGCCCUCAUUCGCAGCACCAAGUCUACGGUAUCUUUCUUCAUGACAGCAUCAAGGAGGAGGAGAAGGACACUGAAGGCAUCGUCACAGUUUCAGGUGUAUUAUGACAUGGCCUUGGCCUCUGGGGGUCAAGCCAUUGAGGUCUCCAAAUCCAGCCUCUCUCAAGCCACUGACAUCAUUGUUGACACCUCUACUUCAGCUUUGGUGACAAUUCUUCAGCGCUCCAGGGAUCCAGGACUUGUAGAGAGUUUCCCCUUCCUACUGGAUAAGUCUGUGUCCAACACUACCAUCUACAUCACAGGAAGUAGCCUCACAUUCAACCUACGCAGCCCCACAGGUGUGACUCAAUCUAACACUGUUGACAAUGGACCUCUGGGUACAAUUCAGAAAGUGGGAAACCUGCAACGAAUCCAAUUAAACGGAACUGAGAUGGGCUUGUGGCACAUUGACAUGACAACAACUCAGCCCUACACCAUUAAAGUGAUGGGUCAGAGUGCGAUUACAUUCAUCUAUGACUUUGUGGAGGAAUUCAAAGGACCCCAUCCUGGAUUUGCUGCCAUUGAUGGGCGGCCGUCAGCAGGCUCACCGGCUAAGCUGCUGCUAACACUGACUGGAGAGAAAGGUCCAGAGGCUCUAGAGCUGCAGGAGGUUGCUCUCAUGGAGGUGUCUGGGGUCAAAGUGUCUAAUGGAACCAUUGAGAAAAUGGAUGGUGGAGAUUACUUUAUUACUGUGAAAGAAGUGCCAGAAGGAGAGUUUGUGGUACUGCUGAAGGGAAAAGACAAGACCUCCUCCAGCCUGUACCAGAGGCAGACCACCACACAGAUGUCUCAGUCUGAAGUCAUAAUAAAGGCAAUAGCAGACAGCUCCAUGCUGCCAGGAGAAGUAUUUAAAAUAAAUUUUACUGUUACAACCACUGGAACCAGUGGUGCCUACACAAUUCGUGCAAGGAAUGACAAAAACAUCCCUAUGACACAUCCAUCAAUUCUCAAUCUCGUGAGUGGCGGCAGUGCUCAGGGGACGGUGUCUCUCACUCCACCUGGUAAUACAGUCUCAGGCACAGAUGUUACGCUAACCAUCGAGGCAGAAGGUCCUGGAGGAAGUGAUUCUAACUAUGCUGUCCUUCGCCUUUCUGUUCUCUCCAAGGUUACUGACUUUUCACCUCCAAAAUGUGAAAUUGUCGGUGUACAGGGUACUUGCUACUCCUCCUCUUGCAGCUCAUCAAACUGGGAACUGUCUGUCAACAUCACAGACGGUAAUGGCACAGGCAUCGAGAGCAUUUCUAUCCAGCAAGGCAGUGGAGACUUCACCCAGAGGGAAGUGGAAGAUGGUGUGAUUGUGUUUAUGGGUCUAUAUGAGGCCUCAUGUUGUUCACCUUCUGUGAUUUUGUCUGCAGUUGACAAGGUAGGGAACGUGGGCAGGUGCAGCUACACCAUGAAGUCCAGCGCGGGCUCGCGCCUCAUUAGCAUGUCCCUCCCUCUGUGGGCAUCUCUGCUUUUAUAUGGUUUUCUACGUGACGCCUUCCCUCUGUAAUGAAAUUUAGUUUAUCCAACCAAAUUCACAGUCAUCCUAUCCCUCUCUUUCUCAUCCCAUUCUUUUAUAAAAAAAUAUAAAUAUAAAGCAUUCUUAGAGGUAUGAAGUUGCAUAAAGCAAAGCAUUUUAUCCCAAACAUUCCAUAAUUGUUUUUUCCAGAUAUGCAGGACUACCGAUGAAGAACUAUGCUACUUAUACAGACCCUACAAACCUCAAAGAUAGAUUAGUUUUAUGUGAACUCAUAUGACAGGCAGAAAUAUAACUCAGGAAUCACCAGUGUUUUUUAUUAACAUGAAUUUAAUUAAUUU